AUGUCACAAGGCAAACAAAGUCAUGUCAUUCAAAAGGAAGUGGUGAAUCAUGAAAUUGAAACUCAAGAAGAAGUGAUCACUAGUGCAGUUGAAACUGAAGAACCAUUGGGAACUUACCAUGUACAGGAACCAAGCUGCCAAGCUGAUGAUGGAGCUAAUACUACAACAGUUGAUGAUUAUGAACCAUUUAUAGAGGAUUACUCACUUUAUGCUGAUUAUGAUGCUGAGUUUAAUGUUGAAACUUCAUUUGAAGAACAACCUGAAGUGGAUUAUCUAAAGGGUAUGGUGAGUGAUGAUAGUGGAGAAGCUUUCUACUCUGAGAGUGGCCAUGGUUAUGAGGAUAGUGGAGAUGAUUCUGAUGAUAGUGAAUACAAUGUGGAUGAGCCUAACAUACAAUUUGAUGUAGAUGUAGACAUGAGUGAAUUCCAUAGUGCUGUUGAUGUAGAUGAACAUGGAAUCUUGAACAAUCAUUCAAAAGAUGAAGGGAUUGACAUGGUUGAUGACGAGUUGGAAGUUAUUGCGACUGAUGAUUAUCAAUUUGCAGGAUUUCAUGAAGAUGAUAGGAAGAGACUACUAAAAGAGUUGAGUAAGUCAAGUACAUGCUCAUAUAGAGAGGUUCAUGUUAAACCAUUUCAGAUUGGCCAGGUCUUCAAAACCAAGAUUGAUGUUAAAAACUACAUGAACUCACAUGCUGUAGCAACAAGGAGUUACAAUGACGACCCUCUCUUCUCUUCCAAUCGAUUCUUUGAUCUUAUUAAACCUGGAAUCACCACCAAAGCCUUACCACACAUAGGAGGAUCUGACCAUCGAAUGAAACCAUAUCUUCUACAAUUCCAAAAUUGUCUUCCAGGGUUACGAUCCGUCCAUGAAGUGAUCUUCGUUGCUUUAUUCCCACAUCUGCAAGUCACCAUCUUUGAAUCAGAAGCGAUUGGAUGUCGUGAAGGGUGCAACGGUCGAGCAACAGUGGAAAGGAGGAGAGAUGAUCGACUGAUGAAGCUAAAGGAUUUGGCCAAAAAUCGGACAUGCAAUCUCUUUUAA